AUGGCGAAGUCAAGUUGCGGCACAAUCGGCAGCGAAGCUAGUGAAAGCAUCACGGAGAGGCUGUCUCGCAUCGACGACUUGUACUUUCCCCGCAAGGUACAAUCCUCCGCCGCCGCGGACCCCUCCCAACGCAAAGCCCUCCUUCUCCACCUCCUUUCCACCGACGCCGCCGUCUUCUUGGAACGUUACGGAUCAAAGUUAUCGCUCGACGAGCUCAAUCAGUUCAACGUGUUGAAGGACGAUUAUGAAAUCAAUUGGCACUUAAAUCACCUCCGAAGCAUAAUCGACCCUACGGAGGAGGAGCGGAAGUCUGCAUCGGUGAAGAUAAAGAACCGGAGAUUGGCCUACAUGGACAAGCUGAUGCUGGACGGGCAUUACUUCUCGGAGGAUGCAAUGAGGGAAAGGGAGCCAUACUUGCAUCAUUUGUAUGUAGGGAAGUUUCAGGACUCGAGUGGGAGGAAUAUGGUGAGGCCCGGGGAGCGGUGGUCCGAGACACUCAUGAGGCGGUCAGAGGAAGCCAUGUUGGUGCAGAAGAUCAGAGGCGAGCAGCAAAGGUUGGGAGUGGCUCAGAGUGAGUGGGUCGGGAAUGAAAGUGACAUGCAACAACAAGAGGAAGAAGAGGAAGAGGAGGAGGAAGAAGAGGAAGAGGAGGAGGAAGAAGAGGAAGAGGAAGAGGAAGAGGAAGAGGAAGAGGAAGAUGAAGAGGAAAAAGAUGAAAUCGAAAGAGAAGACACAGUGGAGAAGGAGACAUUGGAAAAUAUGGAAGGCGUAGCAGUUGACCUCCCUAAUAGAAGCUCCCAUGCUCAUCAGUCGGGAGCUGGAGAACGAGAGGCAGACACUUUGUCCGUGGAGAAAAUGCAAGACCGCAUGGACCAAUUCACUCGGAUAAUGCAGCAAAAGUUCUUAACAGGUGAAGAUGAGGAGCACGUGGACUACUCAAAAAUCGAUCAAAAUGAGACCUUGGAUGAUCACUGGAUGAAACAAGCCAAUCAAGAUGCCGAGGAGAAGUACUUUGAUGAUGUUUGA